UUUUUUAAACAUAUUUGAGUAUGUGUGAGGAAUGGGGUAAGAUGACAUACCCUUUCAUCCUCACUAAAGUUCAGUUAAUUCUUUUCAUGUAACUUUAAAUUACAUUUUCAUCAAACCUAAAGAACUUGAAUCUUUCAGUUAAUUCUUUUCAUGUAACUUUAAAUUACAUUUUCAUCAAACCUAAAGAACUUGAAUCUUUCCUCUGUCUGUGGUAUCCUAUUAGUUAUUUUCAAUGGCUAAACCCAAUCACACAAUGAGCUUUCCUGAAAGUAGUAGCUUUUCUGAAAGUAGUCGACACCUUAUUUAAUGUGUAAUAAAAAGAAAAUGAAUUCAUCAUUAAUAUCUACUUCCUUCAUAGCAACAAUGAAAAAAUCAAUUAAUUGAGAUUUUGGAUAAUAUGAAGAUCAAAAUGAAAGAUGGCAAAGUGUGCCAUGGAGGUCUUGGAUUUAGGGACUUUGAAGCCUUCAAUCAAGAGUUGCUAGCUAAACAAUGUUGGAGAAUAUGGACCAAUCCAAAUUCACUCCUCUCCCAGAUUUAUAAGGGUCGAUACUUUACUCAAUGCUCGGUGUUGUAAGCAUCAAUCGAUUCAAACCCUUCGUGGCGGUGGAGAAGUAUACACUUUGGAAGAGAUAUGCUCCUACAGGGACUAAGAUGGCAAAUAGGCAAUGGGCAAAGAACCCGGGCGUUCAUUGAUAACUGGGUUCCGGGGGAUAAACCCUUAAUCCCGAGUACUCGACCCCAUAUUCAAAAUGGAUCUCCUACGGUAUCUUAUUUCAUAAAAGAAGGUCGAGGGGAAUGGGACGUUCCAAAACUCCAGCAUUGCUUUGAACCUCAGUCUGUUGAUCUCAUAAGGAGAAUUCCUCUUCCUCGUUAUUCACAGCAAGUCAUUAGAGUGUGGCAGUAUUCCAAAGAUGGAAAAUACACAGUCAAAUUGGGUUAUCACUUAGCUCUGGAAAUAAUAUUGGCUCCAAGUCGAAAACUGAUAGUGCAUAUCAUCGACCCUCCUAUUUGGAAAAAGACUUGGAACAUCCAAGUUCCGCCUAAACUCAAAUUAUUCAUAUGGCAAUGCCUCAAAGUCAUACUUCCCACAGUAGUGGCCCUUCAAUCUCGUGGAGUAAACUGCCUUAAUCGAUGCCCAGUCUGCUGGAGACAUCGAGGAAGUAUUGAACAUUUAUUCUUCAGAUGCCCCCUAGCCAUCAGAUUGUGGACUUUAGUGGGAUUGAGCAACUUUAUUGAGACCGCCCAGACUGUUAAUUUUAGUCUAUGGUGGCGACAUAUCAUCUCCCAGACCUCCCUAUUCCACAUUCUCCAAUGCGUCUGUUUACUUUGGAGAAUAUGGAAGUCUAGAAAUGAAGUAACCUUUGAAUUUACCCAACCUCAUGUCAGUUCCCUAGCCAGACAGUUCUACAACCAGGUCCUUGAAAUUUCCAGUCUUCUUCCCCCCUCCUCCCCGCAGCCUCUACUCCCAAACAUUCCUGCCACCACUUGGGUCCCUCCACCAAAAGGCUUUUUAAAGAUCAACGUCGACGCAACUGUCAGUGCCUCCGGGUGUUCGCCUGGGCUUGUUAUCCGUUGUUCAGACGGGCAUGUGAUGUUGGCGUUCGGGUUGCAGAAUCAAGGAAUAGUCAACCCUUAUCUGGCUGAACUUCUAGCUUUCAGGGAUGCUAUCUCCUUUAUAGCCUCAAGAUCCUUGACCCACAUGAUAGUCGAAAGAAGACUUGAUUGGUGGUCCGGUGUUACGAGAGUGUCUUCAGAUCCUUAGCUCUUUGUCUGUUUGUAUAUAGUUUAGGGCGGUACCUAGAUCCGCCAACAGUGAUGCCCAUAGAGUGGCGCGUAAAGCACUGCUUUUGUCUCUUGUAGAGCUAGAAUCUUUUGAUUUCUUGGGGGUGGCUUCUUUAGAGUCUUUUAGGGGUCCUGGGUAGAAUUGUAAGCUUAACUAUUAUUUCUCAUUGAUAUCACUAAAAAAAAAAGUGUGACAUACAUAGGACUAUCAAUUUGAGGAAUGGGGUAAGAUGACAAACCCUUUCAUCCUCGCUAAUGUUCAGUUAAUUCUUUUCAUGUAACUUUAAAUUACAUUUUCAUCAAAUCUAAAGAACUUGAAUCUUUCCUCUGUCUGUGGUAUCCUAUUAGUGAUUUUCAAUCGCUAAUUCCACCCACACAAGAGCUUCCCUGAAAGUAGUCGAUACCUUAUCUAAUGUGUAAUAAAAAGAAAAUGAAUUCAUCAUUAAUGUCUACUUCCCUCAUAGCAACAAUGAAAAAAUAAAUUAAUUGAGAUUUUGGAUAAUAUGAAGAUCAAAAUGAAAGAUGACAAAGUGAUCAUAGCAACAAUGAAAUAAUCAAUUAAUUGAGAUUUUGGAUAAUAUGAGGAUCAUAAUGAAAGAUGACAAAGUGUGCCAUACAUAGGACUAUCAAUUUGGAUUCAAUUUUUUUUAAUUAUAUUUCAACUAAACAAACAUAUAUGGUGCUCUUUUUGUUUUUGGUUUCGGUCCCAAACUCUUUGUGCAUAGCGUUUUUUGUUUGGUCAAAAUUGAAAAACUGAUAAAAAUGAAAAAAAAAAUCACAACCAAUACACAAACGCUCAAUAUUCAAUUAAGCCUAGGGUUUCAUUCUCUUGAAAUCAAAUUGAACCGCGUAAGCCUCAGAUUUCAUUUUCUCUAAAUCAAAUUGAACCGUUUAAGCCUCUUAAGCCUCGGGUUUCAUUUUCUUGAUAUCAAAUUGAACUGUUUAAGCCUCUUAACAGCUCAUUUUUAAGGAAAUUAUUUUAUUUGAUUUUAUUUCCAGUUCGAUAUGAAAAAACUAAGCAAUCUCCCUCUAGUUAUACAUACAAUAUCUUUGAUCAAAUAAUAAAGAUUUUUUUUAAAU